AGACAGGAACUGGACAUCCAAGACCCCAACACAACCCUUAUCUUCAUUAUCGUAAUAGUUGAUAAAGAGGAACGAGAUAAAGAAGUUUGGAAUUAAUUCAAUAGUUACCCCGGGAGUAGUAGAUGGCUCUACAGUACUGAACAAAAUAAUGCCAGGAAAAGAUUACAACAACCUCCUUCCACUUGGAAGCGGAAGUGAAGAUGAAGAUUACGACACCCAAAGAACAUAUCAUCCGGAAGUUACCAUACACGACAAGAGUUCGUUACUCGGAUCCAAAGCCAAUGGGACCGGAUAUAAUUUUUCAAGAUCUUCCAAACGUUUGGAAAGCAAUAAAUGUUGCACAGCAACAAAUGCUGCGCUGAUAUUUGCCAUGUUGCUGCUUGUUUUUGGAGCUGGGUAUAUGGCCGGGUUCUUUACGCCAAUGAACAUAAAAAGACCAGAUGAUAAGUCUCACACAAGGGUUGCUAGAAGCACGUCCCCGUGGAGAACAAAAAUUGCAGACCAUGGUUCUGAGUCCAGUAUACGUUUGGUUGACGUGGACGGAGAUGGGCUGAAAGAUAUUAUCACUGGUUUAGCUAUCGGUAAAGAUAUUAGUACCAUGGUAACGGAACCAGACAUGGACAAAUUCUGUAGAAGCAUCGACGCGAAGACUCCAUGUGCUGGUAAAGUUGUCGCCUUGAGGGGUUACGAUGGUAAACUGCUGUGGAAGGUAGACGUUUAUUCCGAGAUAUUCGCCAUCAACUGCCAUGGUAUCGAUGUUAACAAGGACGGUACUUACGACUGCUUGGCGUCAGGACGUCUUGGUACCCUCGUAGCCAUCAAUCCAAAGAAUGGGGAAUUGCUUUGGACGACGGAUAAAAUGAAACUACACGAUGGAUGGAACAUCUACAGUCCGGCCACCGUGCAGGAUCUGGAUUAUGACGGAGUCGGAGAAAUCGUCAUCGCUCACGGUGGUGAUCCAGUCAUUCCAGCUGAAACGCAUGAUAGGAAUCCCGGCUGGAUGAUGCUGAUAUCUGGAGGGACGGGUGAACCGAUUGGACAUCCUCUGAAAAUGCCCGAAUCCAAGGAGAUUUAUAUUUCUCCUGUUAUACACGAACGUAGGGAUGGAUCCCAGUACAUCUUGUUUGGUAGUGGAGGAGAAACGGUCGGAGGUUUGUUUCUUGCGAUGUCCCUGCCCGACUUCUACAGAUACGUGCAUGGUUAUGACAAGGAUCACAUAGUUCCAAACGUCCGAGGAAAAUAUGAGAAGUUUGGCUUCAAGGAUCCUAUGGAUCACGGCAUAAUAGAACUCUACAGGAGCGAUACAAAGGGAGUAAUGGUUCCACCUGUUUUAACAGAUGUAAAUAAAGAUGGCGUCAAGGAUAUAGUGAUGUCAGCUUUCGAUGGAACCAUGAUUCUCUUUUGUGGGGAGACACUGGCCAUCAAAUGGAAGGUGAAGUUUGAGGACAGGGAGUCUUACAGCAACCCAGCACCGGGCUAUUUUAACGAUGAUGAUACUUUAGAUUUCAUGGUUCACUGGAGCGGAGGAGCCUGGCCUUACUACAAUUUCACUGAGACACUGGUUAUUGAUGGCAAGGAUGGGGCAAUCUUGUGGAACACGACGUCAGGUCGAUAUGACGUCACUUCCGAUCUAACAAUCAAGACAACUGCCAGAAACCGCGACAUGUUCUUAUUCCGCAUGCAAGGGAGAAAAGGAAAAGAUCCGAGGCCACAAGGAGCGAUACAUGGCGCCACUGGAAUUCAGAGAGUGAUAAACAACAAAAGAUCUGCAGGCGGCCAGAUGGUUUUCGUAGACCAACACGUGACAGAUUCUGACUUUGAAGAUGAUGGGAUUUUCCUUCCGGAAGAAAAUGUCCGUCACAAAAGAGCUGACAACUACGUAGAAUGUGAAAGUGACCAGACAGUCUUCUUGGCCGAACUAUUUGCCCUAGACAGAACGGUCAUGAAAAACCCGGUGAAACUUUGGGAGAAAGGCUCAAGCAAGCUCAGAUAUAGGUUAAGCAGUAAAGACCAACAGAUGAUGCAGCAUGUUCAGAAACAGUAUGGAGUAACCAACAACCUCACCGAGUUGGAGAUUCCUUGGACCCGUGGCAAGAGAUCAGCAGACGGCACUAUGUGUGUGAUGAUUCAACCAGACGAAAGAACAACAGGAGCUUUUGGUGACGUAGAUGGUGACGGUAAACUUGAUGUCAUCGUGAACUUGGUUUCAGUUGGCGUCAUUCGUGAUGAACAUGCAAAUUUCGUUAAAAUGAAGUUCGAUACAGAUAUCUAUAAAAUAAAUCUUGAUGACGUAAUUAAAAAUCAGAUGUAUGUACCAAUCAACGCCACGCUCCAUCCAAGAAUGCAACAUGUGGACAAUGAGAACCAAAUACACACCUUGAACUUUCUACCUUCAGACGAGCAGCUAUGGGGUGGUUAUAUGGGAACCUAUGGAGACUGUGCUGUCUGAACAAGGACUGUCUGAACAGAAUUACAUCCUUAAAAUUGAUUUGAUAUUGGGAAUUUCUGUGCUUGUUACUGUGUUAACAACUGUUUUACCUUUGUUUUAUAUAAUGUAUAUUAUCUUCAUUAUGUCAUAUACCUAGAAGUGUAUCGGCCGUUGUACACGUGUUUUGGACUAGGAAAGACAGCAACUAGAAGCUACCUAGGACUGUAUCGCCCUCAGGGCUGAUAUUUCUCUGUCUCAGCCCGUCGUAGGGGGUGUAUUGCCCUCAAAUUUGAAAUCGUAAAUUCACAAUUACCAGUGUUUUAUGAAGCAAGUUUUUGAAAUGCCGAAAGAACAACAACAAAAUAAUCAAACGCAUAACAUUGCACGUCGGAAUAUUCUUUUUUAAUGCUGAAAAUUGAAAAAUAGUAGUUUUAAAAUAACGCCAAACAGUGGUAUGUAUUUAAGAAAGGAGAAGUAACCGACACAACGGUUUUGUAUUUAGAACAAUGGCUAGCUUGCUUUCUUUAUUAUCAAUCAACGUUUAAAUUAUGGAGGAUAUAGAGAAGGAUUGAACACAAGAUUACAUCUUAGAAUACCAUAUGUCAGAUAGCAAAAAAUAAGCGGUUAAAGAAAUUGACGCGUACGAAUGUUCUUAAACAAUCGGCGAAUCGCUACUGAGUAUCUGUAUGGACUUUAAUGAAUGGAAUCUGACAGGAAACUUACGAAAUUACAGUGAAAGAAUUGACUCAUUACGAAGACUCAUUACAAAGCUGCUCAAGUUACAAGAUUCUUUGUUGAUACUUUUAAAUUAUAGAUAAUACCGGUGUUGUAACACCGGUAGUGCUUCAUCCCAAAAGACAGACCCAUUCUAUUAAACAUUGAACACGACGGUUUGUCAACAAAUGCCGACAACUCUUUUGUACCAAACGCAUAUAAAAGGAAUAUAAUCGAGUUUUGAAAACCCGAAAAGAAAAUCGUAAAUACAUGGGUUCUUUAUAAUAAAUGAUAUUUAUUGUUUGGAA